AGCUUGGGGUUUCGAUCACAUGUUGGGCGAGGAGGGUGAUAACCCGGCCCUUUGCGCCCGCAGCCAGUACGACAUAGAUGAGCACAGGGAUGCAUGCCAGGGAUGCUCUGCCUGCGCUCUCAUACCAGCCACUUGGAUUCUGGAUGGCCUGCAAGGUGUGGACCCCGACGUACUGGCGAGCAGAUCCCGCGUGAACAGCACCGUCUACUCUGGCGUGCAAGCGUGGGACUGCUGGGAGGGCGAUCGAUCGGGGGGCGGCCUCGCAGAGAGCAUCGUUGAUAAGUUGAGCAAUGGGAGGGGUCUUUCGAUUCACGUCGAAAGCGAGACUGUAUUGCAGGCGGACCGUUGUCAUCUUACAAUGUUGCUAGAGAAGUUCCGGGACAACGCCAUGUUGGGCGCCAUCCUCACAAUUCCGGACGAGGGCCCGCGUGACGGGGAAAAGGAGCACACGGGCAAAUCAUGCGGGGUGUUUCGCCACGCCGGAGGGUACGCGCUGAUGGACUCGCACAGGCAUGACAUCGAUGGCCAGGCGGGCCGCGGAGCAAACUGGGAACGCGCGCGAUGUCAGACCAGCGUUCCAAAUCAGUUUUCCCCGAAGCGAAUGGUGGUCCCGCUCCUUCUUGGGUUCCGCGCUUGUGGACACCCAGAACUCACGGGGAGUGCACUUUGGCACGUGCUGCGUUCCUGGUUCUCGGCGGCCCAGGUGGCUGGGACCCUCAUAUACACGUGCAAAGAGGCAUCCGAGGUGGCAGAGUUCGUCUUCGCACCCUCUGGGCUUUUAUGCAUGAUGAAGUGCGACCCGAAUCACGUUGACGUUGCGGUGGCCAUUGACAUUCAAGAUAUCAUCCGGGCGAACGAUGGCCUGUCGAUUGUUCAGGCAGUGGCCCCGUUCUACCCGAGGCUCGGACACGCACCCCCCGACUGCGACCUCACCCCAGGCGAUUUUCCCAAGGACCAUUAUCAGCACGACCUCCUUCGCCAGUUCCUCGUCUACGGCGUGAAGAUUAGCAGCCUCCAGGAUUACAUGUUCGAGAAGCAGCCGUCGGGCAACGAGCUCUCCGACCUCGUCCCGUGGGCGAUUGACGGGCUCUUGUACGGCCCGCGCGACGCCGUGGCUGUGGCACACCACGGGGACAUAGCGUACGCGACAGGUCCACUUCCUGUUUUGACGCAGGCGGGCAUCGUCACGAAGCACAAGCCGUUUCCGGGCGCCGCAGCGCUGCCGCUGCCCAGGCAGGAGCGAUUUGUCGCCAUGGACCCCACGAAGUGCCUGCGCGACAUCCAGGCCGCGAUCGCGUCGAGGUGGCCGGAUGGCGCGCCCGUGGCCUUCAAGACAGGCGUGGAGGCUGUGAUGUUCCAGCGGGGCUUAGCCGACGUGUUCCGCGGGUGCCUGCAGCAGGCGUUGAACUACAUCCCCGCAUGGCACGCCCGGAAGAUAACAUGGUCGCGCCUCGGCGGCCUCAAAGAGCCGGCAGAUUCACGAGGCUUGCGCCGCUUCCGCUACCAGGGCCCGGAUUCCAAGGUGGGUCUGUCGCUCUUGCCGCAGCGCAUGCGACUGUCAACGCUAUGCUCGGCGUUCGGCCACAUCCACCCGAUGCUGUUCAGCCUCGCCUACUGCCAGUGGACGAACCUCGGCGUGGGCGCGGAGUGGGCGAGGGAGCAUGGCACGGCCCUCAGCCAGGCCGCGAAAUCGUUCAUCCGGGAGAACGGCUUCGCUCCGCGCCCGAAGCUCCCGGUCAAGCUCUUCAAGGCCGUCCCAGAGGAGCAGGGCCACCCCCGCGAGCAGGGCGAGCAGGAGGAGGGCCACGACCGCGACCAGGAGGGGGGCGCAGAGCCUCCGCCAAAGCGGGCCCGCGUUGAGCCCGGGGACGAGUUUGACGAGGAAGAGGCGGAGUGCGGCGACGCAGUGGACAUCCUCCAUAGGUUGUGGGAGUUCCAGGACGCGCAGCUCGGGCUUGUGGAGAAGGAGGAGUUCAUGCCCGCCCACGUCAUGCAGGAGCGGCAGGCUCACCUAGUCGCCAUGCUGGCGAAGGCCAGGGCGCGCAAAGUGUGCGGAAUUCAGAAGCCAAGCCGGUUUGCUACGCAGGCAGGCCGCGAGGAGUGGCGCGGUUUGACUUGCUGGUAUUGUAGGAACCGGGAGCCCCGGCGCGAGGGCGCACUCGCGAGCUUAGAGCUCCGAGUGCACAUGGAGCUGGCAGAGGCCAGGGAUGCCAUCGCGCGCGCUGGCGUGUACAAUCCCAGGCAGCACCCGCUCAUCAAUCGGAUUUUAAGGGCCACCACCGCGCCUGGAUCAGGCCAAGGAUUCCGCGGCAAGGCAGCCGAGGGCGAGGCUUUUUUAGUCGGCCAGUUGUGUCGCACUCGCGCCAGGCUCUCGAGGGAGGCGACCCUGGCGCGGUGCGCCCCCGCCAUCGAUGAGGCCCUGGAGCGCCUGGGCGCGAA